AGCUCCAGCCCAAGCCCCCCACCCAGCCCCCGCCUGCUCUGAGUCUCUGAGACAGUCACACACUCAGCCUCUGUGGCCAAGCUGGGGGCAGGGGGCACAGGCUAGGGACACACUAGAAUAUUCACGCUCCGGUGGCAGCAGCAGCAGCCAGAGGAGAGGCUCGACACACAAGGGACCCCUCAGGAAUGAAGCAGCCUUUCAGGGCCAGAGGGGCUGUGGUCUCCCUUCCUCUCCUUAAAUAGCCAGCGUUCCACCCACAGCGGCACGGAGCCCCCUGCCACCACUGACACCCACGGGCGGAGAUCACCUGCUGCCCCACAGACCCCUGUCCCUUCCUCCCGGACCAGCAGCUAGAGGCUCUGACUCCAGCCAAAGCAUGAAUGGCCUUGAAGUGGCCCCCCCAGGUCUGAUCACCAACUUCUCCCUGGCCACGGCAGAGCAAUGUGGCCAGGAGACGCCACUGGAGAACAUGCUGUUUGCCUCCUUCUACCUUCUGGAUUUUAUCCUGGCUUUCGUUGGCAAUACCCUGGCCCUGUGGCUUUUCAUCCGAGACCACAAGUCCGGGACCCCGGCCAACGUGUUCCUGAUGCAUCUGGCCGUGGCCGACUUGUCGUGCGUGCUGGUCCUGCCCACCCGCCUGGUCUACCACUUCUCUGGGAACCACUGGCCGUUUGGGGAAAUCGCAUGCCGUCUCACCGGCUUCCUCUUCUACCUCAACAUGUACGCCAGCAUCUACUUCCUCACCUGCAUCAGCGCCGACCGCUUCCUGGCCAUCGUGCACCCGGUCAAGUCCCUCAAGCUCCGCAGGCCCCUCUACGCACACCUGGCCUGUGCCUUCCUGUGGGUGGUGGUGGCCGUGGCCAUGGCCCCGCUGCUGGCGAGUCCGCAGACCGUGCAGACCAACCACACGGUGGUCUGCCUGCAGCUGUACCGGGAGAAGGCCUCCCACCAUGCCCUGGUGUCCCUGGCCGUGGCCUUCACCUUCCCAUUCGUCACCACAGUCACCUGCUACCUGCUGAUCAUCCGCAGCCUGAGGCAGGGCCUGCGUGUGGAGAAGCGCCUCAAGACCAAGGCAGUGCGCACGAUCGCCAUAGUGCUGGCCAUCUUCCUGGUCUGCUUCGUGCCCUACCACGUCAACCGCUCCGUCUACGUGCUGCACUACCGCAGCCGUGGGGCCUCCUGCGCCACCCAGCGCAUCCUGGCCCUGGGAAACCGCAUCACCUCCUGCCUCACCAGCCUCAACGGGGCGCUCGACCCCAUCAUUUAUUUCUUCGUGGCUGAGAAGUUCCGCCACGCCCUGUGCAACUUGCUCUGUGGCAAAAGGCUCAAGGGCCCGCCCCCCAGCUUCGAAGGGAAAACCAACGAGAGCUCGCUGAGUGCCAAGUCAGAGCUGUGAGCAGGGGGCACCAUCCAGGCCGAGCGCAGACUGUCUAGGACUCAGCAGAUUCAGCAAGAGGCAUCUGCCCUUUCCCCAGCCACCUCCCCAGAAGGCAACCUGAAAUCUCAGCAGAUGCCCACCAUUUCUCUAGAUCGCCUAGUCUCAACCCCUAAAAAGGGAGGACUGACAAAGGGGAUCCAUCGGCCACCCUUCUGCAGGGGCUUGUGAUGCUUACAACGGCUCCUAGACACUCAACGACUUCAUCUGUGGCAGGGAGAGAGGAGGCCGGAAGAACGUCCCCUCAACAAUGGAGGCCUUUCUUUCCUGCUAGGCUCCCCGCCUCCUUCCCACUACAGAAUCGGUCAGCAGGGAGGCUCAGCAGAAAGACCCGGAAGGCAGGCUGCAAAUGACCCAGAAGAGGGACCUGGGAGUCCUGGUGGGGGCAGAGAGGGAGUCUCAAUAUUCCUUUGCAGUGCAAGGUACUCUGAGUCCCCUCUGUAGUGCCUCUGCCAGACACACACUGCCUGAGUUGAAGGGACACAGGCCACACAUUUCAGGCUGGUUGCCAGCGAACGUCAGCACUCACAGCCUGCAGGGACACAGCACAGCUCUGGAUUCUGGAUCUCUCCUGCUGUAACCCCACGCACAAGCCUGCAACCCCCAGAGCUCUUUGACAGGCUCCUGGGCCUCCCAGUCCUGGACAAGCAUGUCCUGUGCAGUCACGGGAGCUCAGCUCAGGCCAGGGCUGGGCUGUGAACCUGCCUCCCACUGACCCAGACCCACUUCCUCCAGAGAGGCCUCCCUCUGCCUGAGCUAUUUCCCUUGCUAGUGUGCAGAUAUUUCCCUAACAUGUCCUUUUUUGUAUUUGUUUGUACAGACCAUAAAUAUAACUGUAGCUUUAAGACUA